CCGGGGUGUUGGCAGCGAGCAUGGAGUCGUUACUGAUGGUGGUGGACUUGCUGCAGCGACUGGAUGGUGUGUUGCAGUCCGGUUUUUCAUCCACUGUACAGGAGUUGUGCCGCUGGUGCCGGCACGGAGGAGAGCAAGGGGCGCUCGAUGCCGGUCGGGUGGAGGUAUUUGGGCUCUUGGUGGAAAAGCUGGCGCCGGGUGCCGAGGACCGCGAUGUCUCCAGCUCCUUGCGGGACCUGGCCGUUGGCUGGUGCCUGCCGCUUUUGCGGCAUUUGCAGCUGGAGGAGCCGAGCUGGAGGCUGGUGUACUCCCUCUGCGGUCUGCUCCACGCCUGCUGCCGGCAGGCCCCGCCGACCCUGCUUCGGGACGUGACCACCUCAAGCCUGAGUGAUCUCCGGAGCUACACCGAGGAACGGGGCAGGGCCGGUUUGGUUGAGGGGAAGGGAGCUCGGAGCGGCGAGUCCCAGGUCCCCGAGUACUCGGACAUUCGAGUCGCCGUCGAGGUGCUGGUGAGGACGGCGCCGCUGCUGCUUCUGGAGCCAGGAGCCGGGGCACAGGAGCUGCUACCGCUUGCCCUGACCGCCGUCAGAGUGGGGGAGGACAGCGUGGCAUCCAGGAUGGUCACCGGUCUGAUCCCGGCUCUUCUUUGGCACCCCGGCAGCUCGGUGUCAAAGUGCCCGUCUGCUCAGGAGAUCUGGGAUCGCGUGAAACACUGGGGAAAGACCGGCUCCGUCUUCAGAUCCCUGCUGUUGCUGAGCUCGCUUCCUCCCCAUCUGCUGUUUGGCACCGGAGACCGGCCAUCCCCCGACACCUUCGACCUCCGAAUUUGCCUGGAGUUUUGGGAAUUGGUGCAAACGGGUCUGGUGCAGCCGGAUAACACUUCGCGCAAGAGAGCCAUGUACCUGUUGAAGAGAGCUGUGGAAGUUUCGAAUACAUUGAGGAGUGAAAUCCGCUCAGAGUCCCAGGCUGAAUCCAAUACGUGCCUUUUUUGGUGGUCGGGUGAAAAAAGCAAACAGCUUGUCCAGUUAUGGGAAAACUAUAUUUUAAUAAUGGAAACACUGGAAGAAAAUCAAGUUCAUGUCAUAAGACCAGUAUUACCCCGACUCAAGAGUUUAAUGGAUGCCACUGUUUCAAAUGACAAAGGUCAUUCAUUUUUUCACACAUCUUGGCUCCUUUGUGCUUAUAAACGAAUAUUUGAAACUGAAAACAAAACUGCAAUGAAAGAAAGCCUGUUCCAGUUUCUUGAUCUUGGUGUCACAAAAUAUCCCUUCAGAACUCAAGAUCUUUGUGAGUUUGUCUGUGGGCCAGUGAUGGAUGCUCUUUCAGAAAGUACGUUUUACAGCAGAUCUCCAGAACAGGUCAUUGGCAGCCGUCCUAUUCUAGCUGAGAAGUUACAGACGUUUUUUGUUAAUUUCGUCGAAAAUGUGGCUGAAGAAUUCCAAGGUGACUUUCUCAUGAAGUUGAUUAAGAGCAUGGCUGCUAAACACUGGUGUGCUAUCCCCAUACUCUUCAUCUCUCAAGCUCUCGUACAUAUUCCAUCACGCAAAACUUGGGGAGUAGAAGGACUUCAUGCUAUUCGGGAAGUAAUGUGCUGCACAAUGACCAAUCAUCAAGUAUUAUUGCGAGGAGCAGCUCAGUGUUAUCUUCUACAGACUGCAAUGCACUUGACUAAUGUGGAAACAGUAACAUUGUCUGACAUUUCAAACUUCUUGGCAUUUAUUCGAACUGAAGAGGCUUUAUCUCGGGGUACAAAAUUGUGGAUGGAGUUGUGUGAAUGGUUACACAGUAAUGACAGAAACUUCAGGCCUGAAGAAGGUGCUGCUGAACUGCCUCUUGAAAGAUCUGCCUUAAGUUUCUAUGUUCAGAAUCUAGUGGAACAGUACCUGAAGGUUCCAGUGACUGAAGGAGAAAAUGCCAGUUUAAUGCCAGAUUGUUUUGAGGCCCAGCUUGUUGCCAGGAUGAUUCUCCUAGCUGCUGACAUCGAAGGACAGUACAACACUCAAGGGGAUCGGAAGGCGUUGGUUUGUUUCUUGCAUCCCCUUCUAGAUGCUUUAAAGAAGCUGACUACUCGUGCUUAUUUACCUGUGCUGAAAGCAGACAAGAGCCUGCAGCUGUUAUUCAAGCUGUCGGAGAUGUCUGUCCCAAAACACCACAGAAGACCAGAAGACCGGGUACUGAAUGUACUACGAGAGUGCCUCAUGUCUUCAGUGGAACAAGUCUUGGAGUACACACUUAGGAGGUUAACAAGUGAACUUAAAACCGUUUUGGACCUUGACAGAUGUCAUCUCUAUCUUGCUGUGAUGAGUGAGAUAAUGAAGACACUUUCAGUGGUGGGCUGGGCGAGAGGCUGUUGCAUCUGGAGAUACAUCUGUUCCCUUACACAUGCUUCAAUUCAGCAUCUUCAGACUUCCAAUGAUGAUGAGGUUCUGAAACUGAGACAACAGAUCCAAAAGGUGGUUGCUAGAGCUUCUUUGGCUUGGAUUUGCAAGAUUAAUGCCCAGUAUCCAGAGCUGCUGCUUGACUCCCUUGAUGCUGCCAAAACAUUGGUUAAAUCUGUUUUAAUUGGUCCCUUCAACAAGAAACUUGAGAAACCUUUCUGCAGUAAAGAAGACAAUGAACCUUCAGAUGAUGUAUUUUCAGCUGAGGGCUGGGGAAAGGUAUCUACACAGUACAUCCAUGAUCAGUGGGUCUGCAUCCAUUUUAUUUUGAACAAACUUGAGCAGCCAUCUGAAACUGUAGCCAACAAGAGUUGUGUGCUUUCAUUAACUGCUGUAGAAAAUCCAGCACUCAUUCUCCAUGCCUGUGUAGAGGCACUUAACAUUGUUCGAUCGGACCAAGUACUUCCCAUACUGCAAUGCAUGAAGAUUCUUGUUCCAAAGCUUCUCAGCAUCAAUGGAGAAUGUGGCAUUGGAAUAAAAGUGAAAGAGAUUACAGACAAGUUGCUUGAAAUAUCACAAACUAAAACUGGAGUCUUCAAUGUGUUAAUCACUCACUGUUGCCAAACUUGGCUGCCCGCUGUUUCUCCUGUUGAAGGUUUUCUACAAGAUUAUUUCAUAAGUGCUGAAAACCACAUGGAUCUUUUUUUAGAGGCAUGUCUAUUUGGACCUGUUUUUAGGAAGGAUCAGAGACUGAUUCAAGAUGUACAUGCCCAUAUAGAAUUACUGGGCGAUGAAUGUGCAGCCAACACCGGCACUGAAUGUGAAAGCAGAGAUGAUCAAUCAGUGCGGAUUUGUGCCAUUAACUUCCUCUGCCAUUUGAAUGGUUCGAAUUCACUGCACAGGAAAUUCAUGGAGAAUGUUUUCAGUAAACUCCUUGAAAAGGAUGAACAGCUAAGGAACACCAAAGGCAGAUACUAUGUGAACUCCAUGCUGCAUCGACUAAAGAACAGAAUUUGGCAGACCCUGCUUGUUUUACUACCUCAAAUGAACCAGGUUUUUCUGAGCAGCAUCAUAGAAACAGUUUAUCAGGCUGGUUUGAGUGAUAAUCAGGCAUCUGUAAAAUACUUGAUCGAAUGGUUUAUCAUCUUAAUGCUGCAGAAAUGCCCUGAAUUCAUUGAUUCUUUCUGGCGAUGCUUCAGUUAUAACCCAGAAAAUACAAAAACCAGUAUCUGCACGUUCCUGGCUGUGUUAGUUCACAUUAAUGUAAUCCUUAAGAACAUUUCAAAAAAGGACCAACAUUUGAAAAAGGCGUUGAGUGUGAUAUUGCCAUGGUGUCUAAACCACAACUUCAGUGUGCGACUAUAUGCCCUGCUUGCCUUACAGCAGGUAUGGGAGGCAUGUUUACAGUCUAAGGUAGAAGGCAAGGAGCUGCAAUUUUUGGCACCAAUUAUCGAGUCAUGUCUAGAACAAGCUGGAAACAAGCAAAGCACAGGGAAUGCUGGAAAGAACUGGCAGAGAAUUCAGGACCAUUUCUUUUUUGGAAAAUUUCAACCAUUGGAAGACUACAGUUUAGAGGCGAUAUUUUACAUCUUUCCUAGUUUAUCAGAUGUUAUAGAAGAUGAGUGGAUUCCUCCCUGGAAGUUCAGCCGAGUUAUGAAUCGCAUGUCCUCCAGUUCUUCCCUUAAUAUAUUUAACCCUAGGAAUCAACUUUGUGAUGUAAAAUUAACAGACUGGAUUCAGCGAGACAAAGUCUGGAAGGAGGUUUUUACAUUGUGCUACAACCCUUUCAACUUGGGUGGCCAGCUUUACCUGAUGGUAAAUUAUCUGGAUUCAGUAGUAAAAGCUAAGUUUCCUAUUUACACAUCUUAA